CUACACAGGAUAGUGUCAUGUGUUGUCUGUUAAGAUGCAAGUGUGACAAUCAUUUCUACGAAAUAGAAAAAUGUCUUAGUAUCGCAUUUUAUUUGUUUAAUUGGAUAUUUGCAAUAUGGACACUAUUUCAAACAACUCGAUUAUUUUCAAAUUCUCUGUUGGAUUUAUUUAUAAGUAAGUGUAAGUUGGACGUUUGUGAAAUUCGACAUAUUGUAGAACACACCGUAAGAGAAGUUAUUUCAAAAAACUAUAAAUCAAAAGAUAAAUCAUCAAAGCAUUCAAAAGACAAUAAUUACCAUAAACCGAUUAAAAAAUCUGAUGUUGGUUGUACACGUUCAUUACCGGCUAAAACAAAAAGUGGACACAAAAAAGAGCUAUUGUGGUCUACAGAUAGCAACUCAAAAUCCAAAACUAUUCCAAGUGAUGAUUCCUUCAUUGGAACGACUGAUUUAGACGUUAUACGCCAAAAUAAAGAUAGUAAGCCAAUUAACCGGUGCCAUGAAAAAAACAAAUCAUCGUUGAAAAAACACGAAAAGCCAUUAAAUCGCUGUCGUAAAAAAAGUAAAUCACCUAUAACAAAAAAAAAUAAAAAACAAAGCCUAUGCCGUGCAAAAUAUAGUGAAAUGGUUGAAAUGGAUAACGAUAAACACCAUAAGACAAAUUUCGAUGGCGAGCAAGCUAUUAUUUCCAAAAGACUCUCGAAACCUAUUCCUAUUUGCCAUGAAAGUUAUUCUAGGCCACAGAAUAAUUUAAUAAAGACAUCCACUCAGAUUGAUACUGAAGUAAAUGAGCGAGAAAGACAAUGCUGUGUCUUAUCACUGGACCCUGAUCAAGAUGAAAGAGAAACUAAAAUUUGUGCAAUGUAUCAGCAAAAUAUGAAUACUAUUGAAAAUAAUCGGAAUAUGUCCUACACAGAUUCGGUGGCGAGUUGUUUGCCUCUACUCAAAAGAGUGCAUAGUAAAAAAGACAAGCCAAAAGAAUCACUCCAUGAAAUGGUACCAAUUUGGAUUAAAACGCGAAAAAUAGGAUAUGCCAUAGUUCGGCCUAAAAACAGAAUUUUAUUGUAAAGUUUUUUUUUUUAUUACAAUCA